AAGAUGAAAGUGAAAUGGACAAAGUUGGGAAUGGUCUUCUUUCUGCUUCUCUCCUUUGUAAUGAUGGGCUGUUUCAUUUGGCAGUACAGGCUUCCCAAAGCAAAACCAGUGGAUAUAAAAGCUGCAAAAGAAGUGAAAGAGGAGAAGAUGUGCCCACGUUUCCCUGAGCCUGUGCCAUUGGUGCACCCGAUACCUGUCCUCAUGGAAGCUUUGGACAAGGUGGAUGCGCUUUUGAGGACCAGCAUUGAUGCCACAAAACUGCCGGCCGUUUCUGCCAUUGUAAUAUUUAAUGAUUCUGUAUUGUGGAAUGGUAAUUUUGGUAGAAAGAAUGGAAGUGACCCGACAUCUCCCCCAACAAAUGAGUACACAGUUUACAGAAUUGCGAGCCUUUCAAAAAUCUUCCCCACCUUGAUGCUGUAUAAACUUUGGGAGGAUGGAAAAGUGGAUUCCCUGGAUGACCCUCUGGGAAAGUAUGUUAAGAACUUCACCAUAAAGAACCCUCUGGGGAAAAGAUGGAGUCAUGACCUCAAGUCCAUCUCUGAUGGCAUGAGCAGUAAAGAGGCUCAAGCCCACAUCUCCUCAGUUACCUUGAGAAGGAUGGCCAGUCAGCUGUCAGGUUUACCAAGGCGGCUCAGGGCGACUACAUUACUCUGGAAAGGCAACACUCAGGCUGCUGUGGAUUUAUUACAAGAUGAUGUUCUCGUGGCUGACCCUGGAACAAAAUGCCACUACAGCAACUUGGCCUUCUCCCUGCUGGCCCACGUGAUGGCGGAGAAGGUAGCAGGGAUGGAUUAUCAGCAAUGGGUGUCUGAAAAUAUCCUGCAACCGCUGGGAAUGGAGGACACCGGAUUCGAAAUCACCCCACAGAUAGUGGACCAGAUGGCAAUAGGUGUUUACUCAAGUGGGCGGCCUGCACCCCUCUAUGACCUCGGCUGGUAUAGACCAUCAGGGCAAAUGUACUCCACACCUGCUGACAUGGCCAAACUAGUGAUGAUGCUGCUGGGCGCAUACUACCGUCAGAUUCUCCAGCCCGACACCCUCAAAACCAUGUUGACUCCUCUGUUUCGGUGUAAAAACAGUUACUUUGCAGAUCAAACAGGCACACCUUGGGAGGUGAAUGAACAGUUGGGUUAUAACAUCAUACGCAAAGAUGGAGAUCUAGAUGGUUAUUCGGCCUCGAUGUCCCUCGUUCCUCGCUUAAAGCUCGGGUUGGUCAUGCUAAUGGCUGGAACCAAACCUGAAGAUGAGGAUCUUGUGGCCAAGGCCUACAGUUAUCUCAUCCCUGCCAUGGAAAGUGCCUUCAGAGAUGCACCUCCUGUUCUCAUCCCUCCUCCAGACGCUGCUCCCUACGUAGGCUACUUUACUUAUAGCAACAUAACAUUCUAUGAGAUCAAAGCAGACACAGAUGGAGUGCUGUCUCUGGAGCAGUUCGGGCCUCAAGUAGACACCAUGGUUCCUAUGAAGUAUAGAAGUUUGAAGCUCAGUUAUCUGCAGGAUAGGGUGUUCAGGGUGGUGUUUGAGAAGGAGUACCCAUGUCAGCUGAAAGUUAAUGCUGCCUCGGUGUCUCUUGAAUCUCAGGACGGACAGCUCUUUAACUUUUACAUCUUCAACAAAAAGGGGCUCUCGCCAGGUUUUGAUGUCCCAGGGUUAAACACUUAUAAAGUCGCAAGGAUACUUCGCAAACCGAUUUUCAGCAGUUGAAGAAAUUUUUGAUCUUUGUGAAAUCAUUUGAUCAUAAAUUGUUAAGUAAAGUGUCAAAUUCAGAGGAACUUCAACCUUUGCUUGUGUACAUUUUAAUAAACAUUUGCCUCAAGAUAAGCACUGAAAGUAUAGAAUACAUUUUUUGUUAUUUUUAUUUUGACAGUUUUAAAAAUGUACAUUUUUAUGUAGGCUAUAGUAUCUCUUGCCAUCUGAUCGUUUGUCCCUUUUUUCAGAGGAAUAUCAGUACACAAUUGACAACCAUCCAUUCAUUUAUGUGUGUUUCUGAGAAGCUUGAACUGCAUGUCUUAAUUAAAGUGUGUGCCUUUCCUAAGCAUUUGCACCUCUCUCCAAAGUACCCAAUGUUGAGUUUUUAAUUGAGUUUAGCUAUUAGCUAAUAUCUUGGUUUUAAACAUUUACUUUUCUUUAAAUGCAAACUAGUGUAAAAGGCCCACACCAAGGAUGAUAACUAAUCGUUCUAACACUAUGAGAAUGAUUAUCGACACAGAUGAACGAUAAAAAAACAUUGACAGCCAAUCAGAAUCCCACCACAGCGCAUGCUUAUAAUAAACAGAAUGUGUAUUAGUAAAGUGUUAAUAAAGUUAUCGUUAUAGUUAUCUUUAUAGUUAUCGUUUUUGUGUGAAUGGGCCUCAUUUUAUCACCCUACUUUUUAUUGAUAAUGUAAAUGUCUAUUUUUUAAAAAGAAAAAAAAAAUCUACUCUUACACUGUAUAUGCAUAUUAAACAAAUAAAAUAAAACAAAAAAUGUUAUAUAAAAUGUGUCCCCACAUUUGUUUUGAUUUAUAUCAGUACAUUUGUAUUCUCCAAAAAUUUAGAUACUAAUGAAAUAUUUUG